AGAGUCAUGAUCGGGUGGCUGAUUGCCUGGUCCGGAGAGACCUUUUUUGCUGUCUGUUCACAGCCUUGAGCACUUGCUGACCAUGCCCUGCAGGAUGAAAACAACUCCACUGCCAUGGAGCAAACUUGGGAUUCUUACAUCAAUUCCUUAAGUCAGAACUCCUUGCCCAGACAAGUGGAAGUGACCGAGGGAAACUAUUCAGGGUCACUUGAAAACCUGUCAUUCUCCAAAGGGGAUAUCAUCACAGUGGUUGACCUGGAGCCAAUUCAUGUCAGAGCAGAAGUGAAGGGUGGUGAGCAAGUUCUGGAUGUGGUCAAUAUACCUCUUGGAUAUGAAGGGAACUUUCAAGUGAUUGCAGACCCUGUUUCUUUUGAAACUGUGGCUGAUUUAAUCCGUUCUGUCCGACUUCCCCAGAGUCCUGUGGCCCACAGAAAUCCUCCCCGCUUCCAGAACUCCAUCCCCAUCUCCACAGAUGAUGUGCCCAUGAAGCUCAGGAAAGGAGAAACGCUGUCCUUGAUUGGCUUUGAAGAGAGUCAGGGGAGGAGGCUGCUGCGAUGCGAGGUACUGAGGAAGACGCCCCCACUGAAACUGCUCCUCCCCAUGGACUGCAGGGGCUACUUCCUGGAAUGCCAGGACGACCAGUUCUACUCCAUUGACACCAUCGUGAGGUGGAAGCUGCUUGCAGGGAGGAAACGCAGAGUUAGGGUGCAAGCAGGACAUCGUCUAAGGCUUCUUAGCCCCCUGGUUCCAGAGCACUUUACUGGACAUUUAGUUUUGCAUCCCUAUUUCUCAGUGACGGCGUAUCUGCCAGGUGAGACCCAGGUUAGCAUCCCCUCUGAUCUGGACAUCAGUGUUACUGAGACUGCCUGCUUAGAUCGUAAGCCCAGGACAACAAUGAGACAAAUAUACAGCAUGGAAGAAACCAAGUUCCCGGUGAGAAUUAAAAUAAUGAGCGUGGUCCGGUCAGAGAACAGGAUGUACCCAAAGCCUCUGAAGUGUGGGCAGCUCUUAACCAUCCUCAAGACUAAAGAUGUGAAAAAAUUCGUUGCCACUGAGAUUUCCCAAGGAAAGAAAGGGAGGCGUUUUCUCAUCCCACACAACUAUCAGGGCCUGGUGCUUAGGAGAGGUCGUUAUUUUUAUGCUGUCUCUGAUGUUGCUGCUGCAAUGAAACAUGGACAGCUCUGCUUCCAGGCCUCCAGGGACUACACCUCCUACCUGGGACCUUUUGCAUCUUUCACAGCCAGCGAGUGCUUCCUGGCCCUGAAGAAGAGUGUGGUGUCUGCUGAGAUUCACAGUAAGCUGCACAGGGUGGAAGUCCUUAAGUGCCUGAAUAUUGCCACCAAAGCCCACGUCAAACUGCCUUUGUUUGCAGUAGGAGAGUUCCUGGAGCUGUUUGAUGGUGCUGGACCAGGGACCCUGCAGGAGCUAUGCCAAGUCACCAGACUGCCAUGCCACAUCCGAGUGGCCAGCCCAGAUCCCUCCAUGACUGAAGACCCUCUGUAUGGAACUGAGGAACUGAGAGUUGAAAAUGUCAUCAUUGAACAAUGCCUUGUAGCCAAAGAUGAACCAUCAAAGGAGGACAUAAUCUCCUCAGAAGAGAUAUACAGGGAGUGGCCAGAAACCACAUUUGAAAUCCCCAUUGAGAGGUCAAGCUGUGAGGUCUUGGUGGUGGAAGAGCGGUCAUGGACAGCGGAUGUUGGCAACGAGAGAUGCACGCCUCUCCAGAGCAUCCAGGAGGUCACUAAAGAGUCUCUGGCCUUUAGUAAUUGCUUGGUCAUUCCCUUUCCACCGCCACUUGCUCCAAAGCCCAGGAGUUUGUUUGAAAAACAGAAAAUGUGACUACUAUCCCUUGCUUUGCUUUGUUUACAGGAUCACCAGCAUGCUCAGGAACUGAGUAUUUAGAUCUCUAGAGCCAAAAAGGAUCCCCCAGAGGUGGGAGCCCAGAUGAAACAGCAGAUGUUGAGACACUAUUUCCAUCACCCCUGGACAUUUGCUAUAAGUUGUAUUUUCAUUCUGUUACUGUGACAAAAUGCUUGCGAUAGAUCAUCAACUCGUGGGGGCUGGAAGGGAAGGUUCCUUUGGGCUCAGAGUUUCAGAGAUUUGAGUCAUGGUCAGAUCAUUUGGUCCCGCUGCCAUCAUGGUGGGAAUGUGCAGUGGAUCAAAGCUGCCCACCUCAUGCCUGUCCGGUGGGAAGGCUCCCAUGUUUCUUUGUAUAAGCCCCUCAGUAAUAUAACCCCUUCCAUCAAGGCACUGCCUGUUAAUGGUUUCAUGAUCUCCCAAAAGCACUAUGCACUGGAGACCAAGCCUUUAACACACGAGCCUUUGUGGGACUCCUAUUAAAACCAUUGCAGCUGGGCUGGAGAGAUGGCUCAGUGGUUAAGGACACUGACUGCUCUUCCAGAGGUCCUGAAUUCAAUUCCCAGCAACCACAUGGUGGCUCACAACCAUCUGUAAUGGGAUCUGAUGCCCACUUCUGGUGUGUUUGAAGCUACAGUGUACUCAUAUACAUACAAUAAAUAAAAAUAAAUAAAGACCAUCCCA